GUUGCGGUCGAAUCGGGCAGUCUACCAGCCGUGAACUUUCUGCUGUCAAAGCGGGCAGACGUGACUCAACGAGCUAGCACCGGCCAUUCAGCUUUUCAUGUGGCGCUUUCUAGCGGCGACGUCGAUGCACUGCUGGCCCUUGAAGACCGCCUCAGCACACCAAGCAUGCCUGAUACAGAGCUCUUCAAUGGAAAAGGCUGUGAGGGUGGACACGACCUGGAACCGUAUAGCGCAAGCAGCAGCAAGGGCACCGUGAAUGUGCGGUUGGGCUACUGGACACGGACUAGGGGUCCACCUUUCCAUCUACGUCUUCGGCAUGGUCAGCUGGUGGCCACAUUGCUGACAGGGGAGGAGGUGUGGUGUUGCGACUCGCAAGUGGAGAUUGGAAGCCAGGUUGGGAUCCGCUGGGGUUCUUGGGACAAAGCACAGCAGCGCUGGGCCCAAGGCAUGCAGGGCCCUAUGAGGAUGGUUCUGGAGGUUAAGGCGAAAGAUGCUUUGCUGAUCAUGGGCGAGGAGAUGGCCCAUUAUUCACACUGGAACACAGCUGGCUACGAAGGUCAAGUUCUUUUUGAUAACACCAGCGUUCUCUUUGAUGGAGAAGGGGACAGAACUCGCCGGGACAGCUUGGAUUAUGUGAACGUGUACAGCCGUGAGGCACUAAUCGAUGGCCAGCAAUACUACGAGUUUAAUCUACGGAAGGUGGUUUGCAACACAUAUGUGGGUCUGAUUGUGCCAGAAGCCGUACGCACAAGAGGUGGCAGCCAUGAUGGUGGCCGGUAUGACAGAUGGUGUGUCCGUUUCAAGCCACAGCACGGCAAGAAUGAGCUCAUGAAAGGCUCAAAAACCACAAAGAUAAAAGGGCAGCUGCGACCGCAUUCCAACAAAGUUGGCAUGUUGGUGGACAUGACCAAGCGGGCGGUCGUGUUUUGGCUGAAUGGGGAACCUCUGUGCGAUCCCAUAUGUGACCUGCCAGAGACGCUAUACCUGCUUGCUACCUUGGAUACGGAGGGGGAUCACCUGGAGCUCUCGCAGCCCAGUCCUCCCCAAAAGGCAGUUGACAGCUUGGCAAAGCUACCCCCAUGUGGCGAGGUCCAGUCCUGGAUGUGCGAUGACUGCUUGUGCACGUAUAGCCGCCUCCAGACCACAACGCAAGUCGCGCGCUGGGCAUGUCGAAGAUGCGGAGCCAACCUAUGCGAGGGCUGUCGCUUGGGUAUUGGCAACCUCCCCAAUGGCUACUGCGGUUUGAGCCUGAGCGCUUGGCAAGAUUCCGGCACGUUGGCGGUUCAUGAAGAUGCUGCGUCCGUGCUAGGCUUCCGCAUGAUGCUCUCAAAGCAGAUGUGCUGGAGCAGGGGUCAAGUUAUUGACAGCGUCUUUCUGGCUACCCUGGCCAAUCAUGGCACUUUUGUGCUGCAGCUGCUGCUGAAGCUACGCGAAAAUUCGAACGCCGAUGUUCCGAUUUCAUUCGUCGGCCGUUUCAACUUGCCAAGUCUUCUGACCAAGCCUUCUGUGGAGAAAGUGGCUAAGUUAGCCUUGUCGGUGGGGGUCUUCGCCGCUCGACCACUUGCCGUGGAUGCAGUGCUGGUAUUCCUCCAGGCACUAGCAGCAAAGGCAGCUGAAAAGGCGGAUGACGGGGACGAUGAUGUUUUGAGAGCAAAAUCUUCAGCAUCGGUGAUGUCGUCAAGACCUUCGUUUCUUGAUUCCGACGACGAGGACAUGGAGCAACCAGACCAACAGAAAUCGGGCAAGCUAGGUGGCGCGCCCUGGUUUCAAUAUGUGCACUUGCCAACUUUGCUUUGUGCCUUGCGCAGCUAUUGCGCGACCGGACGACAGCUACAACGGCACACGCACGCUCUGUAUCCCAGCAGUGGAGUGGAAAGCGGCUGCAGUACCUGCCCACGGCCGUCAGCCGAGUAUGCAUGUGGCACAUGGGACUUCUUCCAAUGCCACCAGUGUUUUCAUCUUUCGGAGCGGCCCACGCCAGCCCAGCAGGAGGACUGCAGCACAGUGAUUGCCCGGCUCUUGCAGGAAGAUGCUUCCUGCUUGGAUGAUCGCCUGCCCUCACAGCUGGCACAGCCCACCCAAGCCGGAGAUUUGAUGAUAGGACCUGAUUUCCGCGACCUUCUCACGGAUCCCGUCUACCGGGUCGAGAGGGAUGGUAACAAGCAGGGUCUCAUCCUGGUACCUCUGAAUGCGGCUGCACUGGUGGAGCAUGAAGAAUACGAAGGCAUGGAGUCGAGCCUCACCAUGCGAGCCUCCAAAAGUGAGUGGGAUAUGUCCGAUGCAUCCAGCGAGAUGAGCUUCGACGAUGAGGAUGAUGAGAAUGAGAGCGAGGUUGUCCCAAGUCUUGAAGAUGCUAAGCCGCUGUGGUACUUCAGCCGCGGGUCUACUGCUUU